GUGAAGAAGGAUGUGGGAAGACAAAAGGUUGGACACCUAUUGUACUUCUACGAUAUCUCCUCGAAGCAGGUAUCCUGGAAAGUGUAUCUAUAGGCGAAGCUAUUAUUUCUCUUAUCAAGCAGACAAAGGGAACAUAUGCCGGUAGCGAUAAAUGUCCGCUUGGGCAUAUACUUACGUAUUAUGAGGGUCAUCAACCUCAAUAUACACAUAUGCGUGCCUCAAUGCUGGCAUAUGCUCAUAUAAACUUGCUAGAAAUGCUCCGAAGAUUUGGCCCUAAUGAAGUGAAAGGAGCAGAUACCAGUAAGUUUCAAUGUCCGCAUAAAAUUCCUUCUUGUGCAAUGUGUGGAGCAGGAGUCUUUUAUUCAAAAGAAGCAGUCAAAGAAUUUGCCAAAGAAGUGAAGGUUCACUACGUGAACAGAAUAACGGGCUAUUUAUCAUGUAAUGAGCAUAAGCCAUUCAAUACCAGUAGAGAUGUUACCAAAGAGUCUGAGCCAAAAGAGGAAAAGAUUCGAGAAAUACAGCCUGGCCAAUGGCGUGAUAAAGGUGAGAAGAUUCAUGGACCAGAUCCUAAUGUCGUAUACUGGCCAAAAAAUAGGCAUUGGAAAUCAAUUAAAAAUAUUACUGAGAGUACUGCUCUAUCAAUUCACAUAAACAUGGUUGUUUUCACUUAUACAAAUGCACUGGCCAAAGACUUCCAAAAUGACCGUAAGGUAAAAGCCCAAACUUGGCAUAACUUCUUUAGGUGGAAUGGUGUAGGAGAGUGGACUCCUGAACGUAUGGGAGAAAAGAAAUUUCCACGAGUAGUUAUCUGGGAUGAGUGUCAGGUAAUCUGUUGUGGAGAUGAUGCUCAGCCUCCGCCAUUCUUUGGAGAGAUGCCUCAUAGCUGGUUAAAAGAGCGAGCCGAUUACUACGAGGAAGUAUUGACUGACUAUCGGGCUAAAUGUCCUAGAUUACAAGAGCUUAAGAAAAGAAUGCGACGCCAAAAUAACAGAAUGCAGUCAGACUUAUUCCGUGAAGCACUUCUAGUUACAGAAAAAUGGGAAUAUCUUGAAGCUGAAUGGAAGCCUUCAGACCAACUUCAUCGAGAGAAAUAUCCCAAUGCACCGAUCCCACUAAUCUAUAGGCCAAGAGAUGAAUGCAAACAAAACUGCCUUGUCCAGAUCCCUGGCUCAUCCGAAAAAAAUGAAUUAGUAAAAAAUGAUAUAAUACACCUGCCCUUAAAUACACUUCCUGACAAAUUUUUAAAAGAUAUGUUAGCAGACAAAAAAGUCAUAGAUUGGGAGCUUGGAUAUGCUAUGACAAUUCACACUACAGUUGGUCGUGUAGAAUAUUUAAGCCAACUCAUUCGGGUUGAGACACCUCCAUUACCUCCUGAAAUUGCCCAAGAGAUUGAGGAAGCAAAAAAGAAAAGACGGUUAGAGCACGAAUUGAGACCAUCUAUUCAGGAAAAACUUAUCGGAUAUAUGGGACAGGACAAGGAAAAAGGUUGUGAAUUCGAUCUAACAGUCGACUAUAUUCUCACAUUAAAACGAAUUCAAGAAGACAGAUACGUAUUAUGUCUAAUAGAAAUGAAAUUCGAAUGGGAUCGACCAGGAGAUAUAUCCCAGUGGACA